GACAUCAGUCCAAUGAGCGAGCCCGGCGCCUCGCCCGCGCUGUGGGGUGCACAGGGUCUGGCAGCCCUUUGGAUGACGUCCUCGCAAGUCUUAGGCGACGUGCGCCCAGCCAGUGCGAUCAGUGGCUUUACCCGGCGACCGGAGGUGCCGCUUGAGUUGCUGCUGCUUUCUGCAGGGGUUCAGCUACGCACUGGGCAUGAAGGCUGUUUCCAAUCCCUUCGUGGCAUCUUGGCUGCGGCUGUGGGGAUGGCCAUAGCGCUGCUGCGGCAUCUGCGCUCCGAUGGUGCCGGUGUGACUUGGAGCAAAGCUGUUGGUUGCCAGUUGCUCCUGCUUCCUUGGUGGGAUCCAGAUGGCUGUCCACUUCCAUAUUCAUCGGUUGCCUCUGCUUUGUUUGCAGCGCUGCUGGCUGUCACUUGCAGCUCCCUGGAACGUGGGCUGUUGACCCUGGACCGGCAAGGACGGCUUUGGCAGUUCGCUCUCCUGGUUUGGUUUGCUGCACUCAUCCCCAGUGGCUACAUCUUCCUAUUUUCCGCUGUGACACCGGCUGCUCGCGAGCUGGUUUGGACAUGGCCCCUGGCGCAGCUGGUGGAUAUCCUGCUAGGUGCAUGUGUGGUUGGGAAGCCUUUUGCCAGUUGGCAAGGAGGUGCAGCAGAUGUUCUCUGCCUGAUUCUGGUGUUGGUGCUGUUGCUACCCAUCGAGUCCCUGCAGGGCUUCCAGGCCGCAAAGCUGGGCAGCCUAGGUCUGGCAUUGACGCUAGGGUCUGCAGGGGUCAGCUUGCUGGCGCGUUUUUUGGCGCAUCCAGCCUUGGUAGGACUUGGCAAGACCUCCUGGGAGGCGAUCUUCCUGUGUGGACCGUUGUUAGAGAUGUGCGGCCAAUACUUGGGCCCCAAUUUUCAGAGAAGUGCUCCAGGUUUCCUGGCCUUCAACUUCUGUUUGUGGACCUUGGCCUCAAAUUUGGCCACGGGGCUUAGGCUUUGCAUCCACAAGGCCUCCUCCGAUCGUUUCCGGACCAGCGCUUGCGAGUAAAA